AUGUAUAAGCUGGCCUCCUGCUGUUUGCUUUUCAUAGGAUUCUUAAAUCCUCUCUUAUCUCUUCCUAUCAUUGACUCCAGAGAAGUGUCCCUUCAGCUCUCAGCACCUGAUGAAGAUGCAAAGUUAACUUGGGAUGAACCGAAAAGAGCUUCCCUUCUGCAGAUACUGCCAGAGAUGCUGGGUGCAGAGAGAGGUGAUGGUCUUAGGAAAGCAGAUUCUAGAACCCACAAUUUUAACCCAAGAGGAAAUCUGAGAAAGUUUCAGGAUUUUUCUGGACAAGAUCCUAACGUUUUACUGAGUCGUCUUUUGGCCAGAACCGAGAAACAAUAUAAGAAACGUGGGACUAUCUCUGAAUGCUUCUGGAAAUACUGUGUCUGA